AUGCUCGAUCAUUUCGAGGCGAUUCUCCAGCAGCGGAAGAGAGAGGAGAAAUUCCUCGUGCUAGGAACCCCACAAUACCGUCGUGAUGACAUUCUUAAGAAUUUCCUCACCACCUUUGGUAAGUAUUUCGACAAAGAAGUGGGUGGUGAUGAUGCGGGUGAGGGGGAGGAGUUGGACAACUUGGAGCAACAUGGGCCGGUCGCUGAAUACACAGGUGCCCCGCCCGUGAUUGACGCGGAAAUAGUCGCGUUGGGGGCCCUGGUUGCUGACGGCGCACGAAUCGAUCUGGUCAAUGCGCGUCAGAGCGACACGGAUGGGGAGCCACCUGUUCCAAGGGAGAAUGCGCGUGAAAUCCUGCGUGGAAUGAGGGAGACGCAGCAGAGGGCCCCACAAGAGGAAACCCAGCGUUGCGGAUCGGAGACCAUACAGCAGAGGGAGGAGGGGGCGAGGAUGGAGGAGGAGCUUGUAGGGGCUUUACAGGCAGUGCACCUUCGGGUCGAGAAUGAUGAACAUGAGGAGGGGCAGGGUUUGGAAAUGAGGCAGGGGAGUCUGAAUGUCGUUGGAGGCUUGGAGGAAGAGGUGCAGAUGGCGGAACGCGACAAUACGGUGGUUUAUCAGAGGCGGGAGGCACGAACAAAGAAGAUGUAUGAUCAGGUUGGGGAAGCACGCGAGGAGGAGGAGGCGAAUCAGAGGGAGGAACAGAAGCGUAUGAGGCUCGAGGACGAAGAGGGGAAGAGGGAGGAGGACAGGCGGGUUGCGCGCGAAAAAGAGGAGGCGCGACAGAGCGAGGAAAAUGAGAGGCUAGAGGAACAGAGGCGUGUUGAGCGCGAAAAGGAGGAGAUGCGGCAGAGGAAGGAGGACGAGAGGAAAAGGGAGGAGGAUAGGAAGGUGGAGCGCGAAACCGAGGAGAAGCGGCAGAAGGAGGAGCGGGAGCGGAGGAGGCAGGAGUCCGAGGAGCGAGAGGCGCGCGAAAAGGAGGCGAGGGAGAAGGAGGAGCGGGAGCGGAAGAGGCUGGAGUCCGAGGAGCGAGAGGCGCGCGAAAAGGAGGCGAGGGAGAAGGAGGAGCGGGAGCGGAGGAGGCAAGAAUCUGAGGAGCGAGAGGCGCGCGAAAAGGAGGCGAGGGAGAAGGAGGAGCGGGAGCGGAAGAGGCUGGAGUCCGAGGAACGAGAGGCGCGCGAAAAGGAGGCGAGGGAGAAGGAGGAGCGGGAGCGGAGGAGGCAGGAGGAGAAGGAGGAGCGGGAGCGGAGGAGGCUGGAGUCCGAGGGACGAGAGGCGCGCGAAAAGGAGGCGGGGGAGAAGGAGGAGCGGGAGCGGAGGAGGCUGGAGUCCGAGGGACGAGAGGCGCGCGAAAAGGAGGCGGGGGAGAAGGAGGAGCGGGAGCGGAGGAGGCUGGAGUCCGAGGGACGAGAGGCGCGCGAAAAGGAGGCGAGGGAGAAGGAGCGGGAGCGGAGGAGGCUGGAGUCCGAGGGACGAGAGGCGCGCGAAAAGGAGGCGAGGGAGAAGGAGGAGCGGGAGCGGAGGAGGCAGGAGUCUGAGGAGCGAGAGGCGCGCGAAAAGGAGGCGAGGGAGAAGGAGGAGCGGGAGCGGAAGAGGCUGGAGUCCGAGGAGCGAGAGGCGCGCGAAAGGGAUAAGCGGCAGGAGGAAGAGAGGAAGAGGAGGCUAGAGGAUGGGAGGCGGGUGGGCCGCGAAAGAGAGGAGGCGCGUCAGAAGCAGGAACGGGAACGGAAGAGAACCGAAAGCGAACGCCGAAGGAAUGAGCUGCAAAGGCUCGAGCGCGAAAAGCAAGUGGCAAGACAGAUGGAGGAAGACGGUGAGCAGCACGGUCCGGAGCGCCAGAGGGAUCGACGGGAAGAGCAUGAGCGGCGAGAAAUGGGGGGCGCUCCGCAUAGGAACGAACGGCAGAGAGAAGUUGCUGGGUUGGGUGAACAAGGUGCAGGAGGGCAGCGGCGUGGGGAUGGAACUCAUCACACGAGCCAGGGCCAGAGGGGCGCGAGGGUCUUUCAAACGCAAGCAGGGCGGGGCGCAGGGGAAGGAGCUCGACAAGUGGUGGUUGGCGACCAUCCAGCCGAGGCGCAGCAGGGGACGACGGUUCGUCGGGCAGCGGAGGUGGGUUUAGAGGGGUUGGGAACUGGCGGACAGAUGGAGGAAGUCGGUGAGCAUCACAGUUCGGAACGCCAGAGGGAUCGACGGGAGGAGCAUCAGCGACGUGAAAUGGGGGGCGCUCCGCAGAGGAACGAAAGGCAGAGAGAGGUUGCUGGGUUGGGUGAACAAGGUGCAGGAGGGCAGCGGCGUGGGGAUGGAACUCGUCACACGAGCCAGGGCCAGAGGGGCGCGAAGGUCUUUCAAACGCAAGCAGGGCGGGGCGCAGGGGAAGGAGCUCGACAAGUGGUGGUUGGCGACCAGCCAACCGAGGCGCAGCAAGGGACGACGCGGGAAGGUGGCCGGCGUGAUGAUCAAACUGCUCGGAAAAGGGUUGGCGAGGAGGACCGUAGGAUGGUCGAGCAGUCAAGACAAGCUGGGUUGCGAGAGGGUGACGCACGUCGUACGCUACAGGGUGAGAGAAUGGCGGAGGAGCAGGUCUGGCGUGGGGUGGGAUGGGGAGUAGGGGCAGCGCGACAAAGGGAGAAUCAGGCUAGGCAGGCGGGAGGACGGGUGGAGGAGGCGCUGGAGAGUGCGGCGAGUGCGCUCCCUAUGCAGAGGCGCCAUCCAUGUGCGGCAGUGAAUCCUGCUGCGGUGCAGGCAGAGGAAUUAGAGGAGGGUGAAUGGGUGGCUGUGGAGACGCAACUGCAGGGACUGGAGAAUGCGGGGCCCCAGGUUUUCGAGGAGACGGAAGGAGGAUUUGAGGAGGCCGGUGACCGCAUCGCAGCGGGCGGCGGGGUGCAUACUACGCCAGAGUUAAUGCGGCGUCUGACGGUGGUGGCGAGGAACGUGGCCAGGAUUUCGUCCGAGCAAACUGUUCGCUUCAGCGACUGCAUGGCCGAGAUUCGCCAGUUUGGUUCGCAGAUGCAGGGAUGGGACUUGCGCUACUUGCAGGACUACGAUGAUCUAACGCACGAGUACCACGUGCUAAAGGAUUCAGUGGCCCGGGAGCGCGACGAGCUCGUCCAAUUGCGUACUGCUCUUUCGACUGCAACAGCCGAUGCACGAGCGGCAGCAGCUGAUGCAGGUCGAGCAGCUGCUGCUGCGGUUGUGGGAACAUUGGAGGAAAAGUUUGCGGGGUUUUUCGACACGGUUGCGGAGAGGCUCAGGGGUGUGGUGGAGCAGGCGAUGGAGGCAGCGUCGAAAGGGGGGAACCUGGAAGCCACUAUGGCGCCCGAGUCCGUGAAUCACCUAGAAAAGGCAUUCGAAGAUAGUGUUUACACGACGCGGGCUGGGAUUGUUGGUAGCAGCGAAAGAGCGGCUGAAAACCGAGCGGCGGAUACUGCCGCAGAGCCAAGUGGGACGCGGGAAGAGCGCGCAGCUGCGUUCGAAAAGAGGCGGAAAGAGGAUGAGCAGGCGAAGGAGGCGGAGCGGGCCGAGCGAGCGGCGCAGGAAAAACGCAAGGCGGACGAAGAGAAGAGGGUGCGUGAGGAGCAGGCGAAGGAGGCAGAGCGGGCCAAGAGAGCGGCGGCGGAAAAACGCAAGGCGGAGGACGCGAAAAGGGUGCAGGAGGAGCAGGCGAAGGAGGCAGAGCGGGCCAAGAGAGCGGCGGCGGAAAAACGCAAGGCGGAGGACGCGAAAAGGGUGCGGGAGGAGCAGGCGAAGGAGGCAGAGCGGGCCAAGAGAGCGGCGGCGGAAAAACGCGAGGGGGAGGACGCGAAAAGGGUGCGGGAGGAGAAGGCGAAGGAGGCAGAGCGGGCCAAGAGAGCGGCGACGGAAAAACGCGAGGGGGAGGACGCGAAGAGGGCGAAGGAGGCAGAGCGGGCCAAGAGAGCGGCGGAGGAAAAACGCAAGGCGGAGGACGAGAAGAGGGUUCGGGAGGAGCAGGCGAAGGAGGCAGAGCGGGCCAAGAGAGCGGCGGAGGAAAAACGGAAAAAGGCGGAGGAAGAUAAGAGGCUGCGGGAGGAGCAGGCAAAGGCAUUGAAGGUUGCUGAAGAGAAGCGGGCGGAGGCGCUGAAGUGGCAAAUGGAGCUCCAGUCAGAGCGUGAGAGGAUGCAGGCACAGAUGGAGAAACUUCGAAAGUUAGAGGAAGCUGCAAAGGAGGAAAUGGAGAGGCAACAGGAGGAGUUGGAGGCCCAGAAGGAGAAGAUGGAAAAGGAGAGGCAACAGAUUGCGGCCACAGAUGUGGAGGGAGUAGCAGGGCAGGGGCAGGGAGGGGACGCGAUUCUUAGCGUGGUUCCGACGGCCGGGAUUCUUCACGUGGUUCCGGCGGACCCCAGACAGCAGCCUCUAGAACUUGUGGAUCUGGCGGGAGAUGUGGAGUCAUUAGAUCUGACAGUCCAGGCUGAUUCAGAGUCUCAACCGCGCUCAAAGAAACCUCGCAGCGCACAACGUCAAUGCAGAGGCGGACUCUGA